GAGAAAUUCGAUAUCAAACCAACAGGUCAAUAUAUCGGUACCGAAAUUGAAGCAUUCGAGAGGAAAGAUACGGUUUUAGUACAUGUCUUGACUUUGAUCAAAUGAAAUCAUGGGAAGAAUAUCAGUUGAAUUUUUAGAAAUGUCUGGCUGGUACUGUAGCUAUCGAUCGGUCUUUGCUGCUACGUAGUAGAUCUACGGAGUCUUCAUCUUAUCCAUCCAUCCUUGCCCACGAGCCUACUAUCUAUCUAUCUACUAUCUACACCACCAAAAUCAAUUUACGCGCAAACGCGAACUCUCAUCCUGUCUUAUCUCAACGCGUCAACCAAAUAAUGCAUGAAUGACGAUGGAAUCCAUAUGAAAUCCAAUCCAAUUCAUCCAACCAUCUUUCAUCCCAAAAUUGAACUCUAAAACAAAGCUUCCCAAUCACUUCAUCGUCUAAUCUUCUUUCCUCUAUUCUCUAUUCAAUCUUACCUCGCCCUUUUCCUCUAAUAAUCCCCUCAUUGAUAAGCUGAUCCAGCACUCAUCUGAUCUCAAAACUUCAAAUUCAUCCAUCCCCAUUCAACAAAGCACGUUCAAACCCAGUCCGCAUAUUUCAAUUCAAUCUCUUCGUACCCUCACAAUGCCAAAACGAGCUCGCGCCGAACCUGUCGAGACUUACGACUCUGAUGGUGGUUUCGUUUCCGAUGAUGAUGGUGCUGUUCGCAAGUCUAAGAAAUCCAAGACCACCAAAGCCACCAAAGCCACUACAACAGCCAAACCCACAUCCUCCUCCUCUGCAAUCUCCCCUUCAUGGGACCUCUCCACCGGUCGCACCCCUCGCAAGAUCGAGCUCUCAGACUUCAAAGGUCAAACACUCAUCAACAUCCGCGAGUUCUAUGAGAAAGAUGGAAAUGUAUUGCCUGGAAAAAAGGGCAUCUCCUUAACAGUCGACCAAUACAAAAAUUUCCUCAGAUCCAUCCCCCAGAUCAACGCCAAUCUUAAGAAAAAAGGUAUUGACGUUGGUCCCGAAGAAGAAGAGGCGGAGGAAGACGAGGAAGAAGAAGAGUUGGUUGACGACGAUGAAGAAGAGGAAGAAGCCGUAGAGACAGACUCGGAGGCCGACAAAAAAUCCAAGAGCAAAAAUAAAAAAGUCAAGCCAGCAGCGCAAAAGGGCAAGAAGGAAAACAUUGAAGCUACGAGUGACGAGGAAGAAUGAGGAGCUUGAAUCACAUUUCAUAAAGUCGCUUAGGAGGGUUUUCUUACUUUUGAGAAGCUCCCUAGAGAUAAAAUUGUCGCUUCAAGAUAAAGGGGGCCAGAUUGAUGGGAUGUUGAGGGAACCUUUCGGAAUUGAUUAAUGUUGCAGAUUUGCUACUAUUUCUGUUAUUUACUUCACUUGAUUGCCAUUCUUAUAUGAUGAUAAGUCAUGCGAAGGAUAGAUCUUGCUAUCAGCGACCCGAGCAUCUUUAAAAUUGUGGUCUUUUGAGCUUAUCUUGAAAUACUUGGGAUGAUUUCUGAGGAGAUUAUUAGAGAAACACACGCACACA